UUCUACCGGUUUUCUCGGUCCAUGCUUCUCAGAGCUGCACCCACCCUGUUGAGGUUCAGCAUCGACACCGCUGUUUGCCUCCUUGCGCCGAGGUCUCGAGUUAAACCAGACCCGUUCCAUCGCGUGUUCCAAAGCAGGCUAUUCUCUCUGUCUGCCUGCUUGUGUAAGAAGAAGAGGAAAAGUCUGUGGCUGCAGCUUUCAGAAGGACAAAAUAUGGAUGGCAAUAUUGAAGAGGUUCUGGCUCCGCUGAGGCUGGCAGUGAAAGAACAGGGGGAGUUGGUGCGCCGGCUGAAGGAGGAGAAUGCCCCAGAGGUGGAUGUCACCAAAGCUGUGGCUGAGUUGAAGGCCCGCAAACGAACACUAGAGGCAAAGGAGUUGGCCCUGCAGCCCAAAGAUGAUAUUAUCGAUAGAACCAAGAUGGAGGACACACUUAAAAGGCGAUUCUUUUAUGACCAAGCUUUUGCCAUCUAUGGAGGUGUUAGUGGGUUGUAUGACUUUGGCCCCGUUGGGUGUGCUCUGAAGAACAACAUCCUCCAGGCCUGGAGGCAGCAUUUCAUCCAGGAGGAGCAGAUCCUGGAGAUAGACUGCACCAUGCUGACCCCAGAGCCUGUGCUCAAGACAUCAGGGCAUGUUGAUAAGUUUGCAGACUACAUGGUGAAGGAUGUCAAGAAUGGAGAGUGUUUCCGAGCCGACCAUCUCCUAAAAGCACAUCUCCAGAAACUGAUGUCUGACAAGAAAUGCUCUGCUGAAAAGAAGGCUGAGAUGGAAGAUGUCAUCACUCAGAUGGAUAACUACACCCAGCAAGAAUUGGCAGACCUCUUUGUUAAAUACAAUGUCAAGUCUCCCACCACAGGGAAUGACCUGACCCCGCCCAUUUCCUUCAACCUGAUGUUCCAGACCUCAAUCGGACCAGGGGGCAACAUGCCAGGGUAUCUGAGGCCAGAGACCGCUCAGGGAAUCUUCCUCAACUUCAAACGCCUGCUGGAGUUCAACCAGGGCAAGCUGCCCUUCGCAGCUGCCCAGAUCGGGAACUCCUUCAGGAACGAGAUCUCGCCCCGCUCAGGCCUCAUCCGGGUCAGGGAGUUUACUAUGGCAGAAAUCGAGCACUUUGUGGACCCCAAUGAAAAGGUCCAUCCGAAGUUCCAGAACGUGUCUCACCUGGAAAUCAUGCUGUACUCUGCCAAAGCACAGACCAGUGGCCAGUCUGCCAGGCCGAUGAAGCUGGGGGAAGCAGUGGAGCAGGGGGUGAUCAAUAACUCCGUCCUGGGCUACUUCAUUGGGAGAAUCUACCUGUACCUGACCAAGGUGGGCGUGGCCAAGGACAAGCUGCGCUUCCGCCAGCACAUGGACAACGAGAUGGCCCACUAUGCCUGCGACUGCUGGGAUGCUGAGACCAAAACCUCCUACGGCUGGAUUGAGAUCGUGGGAUGUGCUGACCGCUCCUGCUAUGACUUGCAGUGCCACACCCGGGCCACCAAAGUCCCCCUGGUGGCCGAGAAGCCUCUGAAGGAACCCAAAACCGUAAACGUUGUUCAGUUUGAACCAAACAAGGGAGCGAUCGGCAAGGCCUACAAGAAGGAGGCCAAGCUGGCCAUGGAGUACCUGGCCGUCUGUGAUGAGUGCUACAUCACAGAGCAGGAGAAACUCCUUGCUGAGAAUGGUGAGUUCACCAUUGAGACAGAAGGGAAGACUUUCAAACUAACCAAGGACAUGGUUAGUGUGAAAAGGUUCCAGAAGACCCUCCAUGUGGAAGAAAUCGUUCCCAACGUAAUCGAGCCAUCCUUCGGCAUUGGAAGAAUCAUGUACUCGAUCUUCGAACACACAUUCCAUGUUAGAGAGGGUGAUGAACAGAGAACGUAUUUCAGCUUUCCUGCCAUUGUAGCUCCCUACAAAUGCUCCGUCCUCCCUCUGAGUCAAAAUCAGGAAUUUAUGCCUUUUGUCCGAGAGCUUUCUGAAGCUAUGACCAAAAACGGUGUGUCCCACAAGGUGGACGACUCCUCAGGGUCCAUUGGGAGGCGCUACGCCAGGACGGAUGAGAUCGGCGUGGCGUUCGGCAUUACCAUUGACUUCGACACCGUAAACAAGACACCUCACACCGCCACCUUGAGGGACCGCGAUUCCAUGCGUCAGAUCAGGGCAGAGGUUUCAGAGUUGCCAGCGAUCGUCCGUGACUUGGCGAAUGGUGUAACCACAUGGGCCGAGGUGGAGAGCAGCUACCCCAUCUUCGAGGGUCAGGAGACAGGAAAAAGGGAGACCAUAGAGGAAUAGACCACCAUCACACCAGCCAGCCACGCUCACACAGGAAGAAACAGACAUUUAUACUUGUCAAAAGGGAUGAUUUUAUCCCACUUGUAACUUGCAAAACUGUCUGUGUUCACCAGUAGAGGUCCUUUCUGUAUCACAGUGGCAACCACAAAUGUUAUGGAAUAAAAAUAAUCAUUGUCAUGUAAUUAUAAUAUUUCAAAUCCUUGUAAAGGAGGCCUGUUCGCGCACUCCUGCCUGUAAAUGUCACCAGUAUCACAGAUUGACAACUUUUAAAUUCAGUUUUGAUCGAGGUUGACCUGAUAAGAAAAGAAAAAAUGAGGAUAUGGUGUGGGACUGUCUGCGUUAGUGACUGGCUUUGAGGUCAUUAAAAGCUGCUAAUGCACGGUUUAUUCAAAUGGUUAAAGGGUGAAGAAGGUACUCCAUCUUUAUAUGAUGUGAUAAAUCAUGAAAAAUGGCAGAUGUUGCUGUCUUUCAUUAUUCCCAAUCUAUGGGAAAUGGAAUGAGAAUGGAAU